ACAAGAAAGUUGUUUUCCUGUCAAAUUGAAUGUUGUAAGUUGCGCGAAAUUGUUUAUUGUCCACGGAAUUUGUCUAAUAUUUUGUAGAUUAUAGGACUUGAAAGUUUCAAGAUGAUUACGAACUUUGACAAGCUCUGUAGUGAACUCGAAAAACAAGAAUUAGAGGCUUCAACCGGUGUGGCCUCUCCGUCGACGUACGCUCAGCUAUUGGCAAUUUACUUAUAUCAAAAUGACUUGUGUAAUGCAAAAUUCCUUUGGAAAAGAAUUCCUCAAAACAUUACAAGUAGUAAUCCAGAAAUAGCUGCAAUUUGGGCAGUGGGACAGAAGCUGUGGAAGAAGGAUCUUCCGGGAACUUACCAUGCCUUAUCUGCAUACAAUUGGACAGAACCGGUUGCCAAUAUCAUUAGAGCGUUAGAAGAUAAAGUAAGGGAGCGCACAUUUAACUUGAUUGGUCGCUCCUACAGCUCAAUAUCACUUGACACUGUUGUGUCAAUGACAGGCUUGAGCAAAGAUGCAGUCUUACACGUGUGCCGAGACCGCAAGUGGACACUGAAUGAAGAUGGUGUGACCGUCAGUCCCUCACCACCCACACAACCAGCUCCUCUACACACAUCCAGCGAAGACCAACUAUUCAAGCUUACUGAAUUUGUUUCUUUCUUAGAAAAUUAAGUAAGUCAUAUUUUGAUUCUUUCAGUUUUUGUAUCUGUCAGGAUAUUGCCUGUUCCUAAAUAAUGCUAUAAAAAGUACUGAUAUUGUAAAAGAGUAUUCUAUCAGGAAUAAAAAUAAAACAACUAA